AUGAUCCGCCGCUGGCUUCUCCUCUCCAGCAUCCUCCUGCUGGCGGUGGUUUCACAGCUCUGCUCGGCUAAGAAAUCGGAUGGCCCCAAGAUCACAGCUACUCCAAUCGCCCAUGAGCCGGACUACCUGUUCUACUUUGACAAUUCUGAAACCAUCCUCUUCCAGGAUGCAAGCACAGCAGAAGUGUACCGGUCAUUUGACGGCGGUGUGACAUGGGACGUGAUUGAUGACGAAGAUGGACGCAUGAGGGGUAACGUGUUUUCGAUCCAACCGCAUCCUUACGACAACCUGAAGGCAUAUAUCUUGGGAAAACAUGGACAGCAUUGGAUCACCACCGAUCAGGCAAAAACAUGGCGUCGUUUCGAACUCCGCGCCAGCCCCUCCUUCUUGAAUCGGCCUCUUGCCUUUCACGGACGCGAUUCCCGCAGAGUCAUCUUCCACGGGGAGCAGUGCUUCCAGUUCCGUUGCGCCGAGAGGGCCUUCUACACCACCGAUGAUUUCGAGACCAUCGAACCCUUACGCGACCACAGCCGCGGCUGUUCGUGGGCCGUGGGAACACCUGAGUUCGGGGAAGGUUUGCCGGGUGUCGUUGAUGAGGUCUUCGAUCGGAUUUUCUGCGUCGUACCCGGGUUGAAGGUUCCUUUCGCAUACGCGUAUCGUCUUGUGUCCUCAGAUAAUUUCUUCCGUGACGAUGAGGACGGGGUCGAGGUGAAGUUGCAUCAAGGGCGCCCCGUGUCGGGAAUCAUCAAUACCGCUGCCGUAAAGAAGUACAUCGUUACGGCGGCCAAGUCGCAAGGCACCGACGAACUGGCCCUCUAUGUGUCCGACGACGCCAAAAUCUGGCACCGCGCAGAGUUCGGGGAUCAUAAACUGGAGGAAGAUGCCUACACGGUGCUAGAGAGUACGAAUUACAGCAUUCAAGUGGACGUGAUGAACACGAGCCGAAUGACCAACAUGGGCGUUCUCUUCACGUCAAAUUCCAACGGAACCUACUUCACCCGCAAUAUCGAACAUACAAACCGCAAUAUAGAGGGCAUGGUGGACUUCGAGAAGAUCGCAAACGUUCAGGGUAUCGUGCUGGUGAAUGUCGUCGACAACUGGCAGGCUGUUGAGGAAAAGGGAGCCGACAAGAAGAUCGUCAGUAGGAUCAGUUUCGACGAUGGGCGGACCUGGCAACCUCUCAAGGUAAAGGACAAGGAUUUGCAUCUUCAUUCAGUCACCGCCUUCAAGAACAUUGGCCGCGUGUAUUCGAGCCCAGCUCCAGGGUUGGUCAUGGGCGUGGGGAACACUGGCGACUACCUCAAAGAUUACGACGAUGGGGAUCUCUACGUUUCGGACGACGCGGGAGUGACCUGGCGCAAGGGUCUGGACAAACCGCACAAAUACGAGUUUGGUGACCAGGGUGCUGUCAUCAUGGCGGUUCCAGAUCACGGAAAAACCAACAAGAUUCAAUACUCCAUCAAUCAUGGGAAAGACUGGGAGUCUGCGGAAUUGGAGGACAGCAUCGUUCCAACCUUGCUCACUACUACAUCGGACUCCACGAGCCUGAAAUUCCUCCUCGUCGGUGCUGUUAACGAUGGAUACGUUGUGUACUCUGUUGAUUUCAGCGGUUUGCACGAGCGGAAAUGCAAAGAAGACGACUUUGAGAAAUGGCCAGCCCGUCUUGAUGAGAAAGGCGAGCCGGAUUGUCUGAUGGGGCACAAACAAUUCUACCGUCGCCGGAAAUCCGAUGCGGAUUGCUUUGUCGACGAAGAAUUCAAGGAUCCUGCUCCUAUCUUUGAGCCGUGCAAAUGCACGGCGGAAGACUUCGAAUGCGAUUACAAUUUUGUCCGCAGCGAGGAUGGCAAGAAAUGUGUCCCCGCAGCUCCUCUUCCAAUUCCAGAAGGAGAAUGCAAGAAUCCUGACGACACAUUCAAGGGCCCCUCGGGUUGGCGGCUUAUUCCGGGCAAUGCCUGUAUUCGAGAUGGUGGUGAGAAUCUGGAUAAAGAAAUUGAACGACCGUGCAAGGAGGCGGCCAAGGUGCCGUCAGGUAACAAGGAUGCGAUUACUGCGACCAAGCAGUAUUUCGAUGCCAGGUCAUUUGGCGAGUAUUACUAUCUCGAACGGGCUAAUAGUGGCCGAGGCGAUGAUGAGACGAUCGUUUUGCGAACCAUUAAUGAUGAGCUGUUCGUCACGCAUGAUCACGGGAAGACAUGGGAGAGAAAGCUAAAGGGGGAGAAGGUGCGGGAGAUUAUACCGCAUCGAUAUCUCAACGAUCGCGCCUUUUUCCUUACAGACGGCGACGAGCAAUUUUUGACUAUCAAUCGUGCGCAAACGAUCGAAUCAUUCGACGCGCCGUUGCACAGGAAUCCAAGAUCGACACUGGCCUUCCACCCGAAGUAUAAGGAAUGGCUGAUAUGGACCGGAAUCUCCAAAUGUGACGGCCUAAGCGAUUCUUCUUGUCAGAAGAUGGCUUACUUAACUAAAAACCGAGGAGAUCAGUGGGAGCUGCUCCUGCGCUCUGUCGAGAAAUGCGAGUUCAUGAUGAGGGAAGACCGCCCGGACAGCGAAGAUCUCGUAUUCUGUGAUCAAUAUGAGGACGAGAAUCCGAAAGCAAGUCGGCAGCUCGUCUCCAGUACGAAUUGGUUUUCGGAGAGCACUGUCCACUUUAAGGACGUUGUCGAAUUCGCCACGAUGGCCGAGUUUAUCAUCGUGGCCUCUCUGGAUCCCGAAAAGCAAGGCUCUCUCAAGGUCGACACGAGUGUCGAUGGGAAGAUUUUCGCCGAUGCGCAAUUCCCUCCCAAUUUCGACGUUCCCGUGCAGAAGGCUUAUACCGUGCUGGACAGCUCGACUCAUGCGGUUUUCCUGCAUGUGACCGUGAAUAAUGAGCGAGACCGCGCUUAUGGGUCGAUCAUCAAGAGCAACAGCAAUGGCACGUCGUAUGUUCUGAGCAUCGAGGGCGUCAAUCGGGAUAACGAAGGAUACGUAGACUUUGAGAAGAUGCAAGGAUUGGAAGGUGUCGCCAUUGUCAACGUCGUCGGUAACAUCCAAGACGUGGAGAAAGGAAAGGAGAAGAAGCUGAAGACCAUGAUCACCCAUAACGAUGGUGCCCAGUGGACCCUACUUCCUCCUCCUGCGAAGGAUGCGGAGGGCAACGAUUUCGGCUGCUCCGUAAAAGAUGGCAAGCCCACAGAUAAGUGCUCUCUGCAUCUUCACGGAUACACCGAGAGAAAAGAUCCCCGGGAUACGUUCGGGUCGGCAUCUGCAGUCGGUCUGAUGUUUGGUGUCGGAAACGUUGGCGAAUAUCUGACGUCUAAGGAUGACGCCGAUACGUUUUUCACGCGUGAUGGAGGUAUUACAUGGACGGCCGUUAAGAAGGGCAGAUACAAAUGGGAAUUUGGUGAUCAGGGCUCUGUUCUGGUCAUUGUCGAGGAGAUGAAGCCGACAAAAGUUGUCUACUACAGUGUGGAUGAAGGAGACACCUGGGAGGAAUUCCAAUUCACGGAUGAAGAGAUGAUCAUCGACAGUAUUUCCACUUUACCUUCUGAUACUUCGAAGAAUUUCCUCCUUUGGGGCAAGGAAGUGGGUUCCCACAAGCUGGCAACGGUAAACCUGGACUUUAGUGGCUUGCGUGACCGGACAUGCAACUUGGACGAGGAGACCGGAGAAGGCGAGGAUUAUUAUCUGUGGGAACCCAAGCACCCUCUUCAGGAAGGGAACUGUCUUUUUGGCCAUGUGGAGCAGUACCAUCGCAAGAAGCCUACAUCGCACUGCUGGAACGCCUGGUCUGAGCCGCAUGUCCACCGCAUUGCGCGCAAUUGCACUUGCACGAGAGCGGAUUACGAGUGUGAUUAUAACUACGAGCCGCAAAGUGAUGGAAGCUGCGCCCUUGUGCCAGGGCUUCCAAAGCCAGAUGCGAUGGCAGUUUGUCGAGAGAAUCCCGAUGCAAUCGAAUACUGGGAACCCACCGGAUAUCGCCGAAUUCCGCUGACAACUUGUGAGGGUGGUCUAAACCUGGACCAUAUCGUCUCCAAGCCGUGUCCGAACAAGGAGAAGGAGUACCAAGAGAAGCAUGGCAUCAGCGGCGUUGGACUGUUCUUCGCCAUUGUUAUUCCCAUUGGACUGGCUGCCGCAGUAGGGUAUUACGUGUACAGCCGAUGGGAUGGCAAAUUUGGGCAGAUCCGACUUGGGGAGAACGUUGGUGAACCCGAGGGUCUGUUCUCGCGUAAUUCACCGCUCAUCACGGUUCCUGUUGCCAUCAUUGCCGGAACAGUUGCUGUGAUCCAAGCGCUGCCCCUGUUGGCCUCGAGCCUGUGGCGCAGCGCCCGCGGAUAUAUCCGCCUGCCUGGAAGGAGCGGGCCGAGACCGUAUGCGACGAGAGGCGCUUUCGCAGCGCGACGAGGCGACUACACCAGUGUCGUCGACGAUGAAGACGAGCUACUUGGUGCUGACGAUAUUGACGAGGAGGAAGAGGAGGCUUGA